AUUGAAGAUCCGGGUUGCUUCUGGGUUAUUAUAAAAGGGUGUAGUCCCUUUUUAGAUCAUGAUGUCGACUAUCAAAAAUUACAUAGUGCCAUGAAUAACUUCUACAACAGCAUGUGUCAAGAUAUAGAAAUAAAACCAUUAACAUUGGAAGAAGGACAGGUGUGUGUGGUCUAUUGUGAGGAGCUGAAGUGCUGGUGCAGAGCCAUUGUCAAGUCAAUUGUGUCUUCCGCAGACCAGUACCUGGCAGAAUGCUUCCUUGUGGACUUUGCCAAGAACAUUCCAGUCAAAUCUAAAAACAUCCGAGUUGCAGUAGAAUCGUUUAUGCAGCUUCCCUAUAGAGCAAAAAAAUUCAGCCUGUACUGUACAAGGCCUGUCACAUUACACAUUGACUUCUGCGAAGACAGCACUGACAUCGUACCUGCCAGGAAAUGGGACAGUGCAGCUGUUCAGUACUUUCAGAACCUUCUCAAAGCAACUACCCAGGUGGAAGCCAGAUUAUGUGCGGUGGAAGAAGAUACAUUUGAGGUUUACCUUUAUGUAACUAUAAAAGAUGAAAAAGUUUGUGUUAAUGAUGAUCUUGUUGCAAAGAACUAUGCUUGUUAUAUGUCACCUACAAAGAAUAAAAACCUUGAUCAUUUAGAAAAACCAAGAUUGGAUAUAAAAUCAGCACCCUCCUCCAGUAAAGUCAAUCCAGCACUUACCCUCUGGCCAAUGUUUUUGCGAGAAAAAGAUGUUCAAGGAAUAGAAAAUUCACGUGGCUUAAAUUUUCUGGCACAGUCCCUGCGGCAUACAUGGUGCAAGAGUGUUGUCGGUGACCUCAGGCCAACAGCCACAGCACUGGACGAAGCUGUAAAAUGUAAUAUGGAUUCCUUGAGAGAUUCACCUAAAAACAAAUCUGAAAAGAAACAGCAUUGCAUCUCUUUAAAAGAUACAAAUAAGCGUGUUGAAUCUUCAGCAUACUGGCCAACAAAAAGAGGCAUAACCAUAUAUGCUGAUCCAGAUAUACCAGAAGCAAGUGAUUUAAGUCAGAAGCCAAAUGCAAAACCUCUUAGAUCAGCUGAGAAGAAAGAAUAUGAUGAGAAGAAUGGCUGUGUGAAAUUACUACAGUUUUUAAAUCCUGAUCCGUUGAGGGCUGAUGGAAUCUCUGAUCUCCAGCAGUUGCAGAAGCUGAAGUCGGGCCUGCAGCCACCUGUGGCAGUGCUCCGUAACAAGAUCGAGCCCUGCUUAACCAUCGAGUCGUCGCCGCUGUCGGCAGAACUGAAGAAGGCUCUUCAAAGAAAUAAGUUUCCGGGCCCCAGCCACACCGAAUCUUACUCUUGGCCUCCCAUAGCCCGUGGCUGUGACGUGGUUGUCAUUUCUCACUGUGAAAGCGACCCUUUGCUCUACCUCCCACCAGUGCUGACAAUUUUGCAAACAGGGGCCUGCUACAAGUCAUUACCAAGUAGAAACGGACCUCUCGCAGUCAUUGUGUGCCCUGGAUGGAAGAAGGCCCAAUUUAUUUUUGAAUUAUUGGGAGAAUACAGCAUGUCCUCCAGGCCUCUUCAUCCUGUGCUAUUAACAAUUGGGCUCCACAAAGAGGAAGCCAAAAAAACAAAGCUUCCAAAGGGCUGUGAUGUGAUUGUUACCACCCCACACAGCCUGCUGAGGCUUCUCGCCUGUCAGAGCCUGCUAUUCCUCAGGCUCUGCCACCUGGUCCUGGAUGAGGUGGAGGUGCUAUUCUUGGAAGCCAACGAACAGAUGUUUGCUAUAUUAGAUAACUUUAAAAAAAAUAUUGAAGUUGAAGGAAGGGAAUCUGCACCACAUCAGAUUGUUGCAGUUGGAGUUCAUUGGAACAAACAUAUAGAACAUCUCAUCAAGGAGUUCAUGAAUGAUCCCUACAUCGUGAUCACAGCCAUGGAAGAGGCUGCUCUCUAUGGCAACGUCCAACAGGUAGUCCAUCUUUGCCUAGAAUGUGAAAAAACCUCUACUUUACUCCAAGCUCUUGAUUUCAUUCCAAGUCAGGCACAAAAGACCUUGAUCUUCACCUGCUCUGUAGCUGAAACAGAAAUAGUGUGUAAGGUAGUAGAAAGCAGUUCAAUAUUUUGCUUGAAGAUGCAUAAAGAAGUGGUUUUUAACUUACAAAAUGUUUUAGAACAAUGGAAGAAGAAGUUAAGUUCUGGCUCUCAUAUUAUAUUAGCCCUCACAGAUGACUGCGUCCCACUCUUGGCCAUCACUGAUGCCACGUGUGUGAUUCACUUCAGCUUCCCUGCCUCGCCAAAAGUUUUUGGUGGACGCCUGUAUUGCAUGUCUGAUCAUUUUCACACUGAACAGGGUUCUCCUGCAGAACAGGGAGAUAAGAAAGCCAAAUCUGUCUUGCUGCUGACAGAGAAAGAUGCGAGCCAUGCAGUGGGCAUCCUGCGCUACUUGGAGCGAGCGGACGCCAAAGUCCCCGCAGAGCUGUACGAGUUCACCGCAGGAGUUCUGGAAGCCAAAGAAGAUAAGAAAGCCACAAGACCUCUUUGUCCAUAUCUGAAGGCUUUUGGUUUUUGCAAAGACAAAAGGAUCUGUCCUGACCGACACCGUAUUAAUCCAGAAAUAGACAUGCCAAGAAAACUGUCCAGCCAAGCCCUACCUUCAUUUGGAUACAUUAAAAUAAUGCCCUUUUAUAUUUUGAAUGCAACAAAUUACUUUGGCCGUGUAAUUGAUAAAAACAUGGAUCUGUAUGCAACUCUCAGUGCUGAAAUGAAUGAGUAUUUUAAGGAUUCCAAUAAUAAAACAACUGUGGAAAAGGUGGAGAAGUUUGGAUUGUAUGGAUUCGCAGAAAAAACACUUUUUCACAGGGUUCAGGUGCUGGAAGUGAGCCGGAAAGAAGACGCCUGGGCCCCGGACGACGUCCUCGUAGAGUUCAUUGACGAAGGCAGGACGAGGCUCAUCAUGAGGGACCAGCUGCUGCAUCUCCCGGAGCAAUUCCACGCGCUUCCCCCGCAGGCUGUGGAGUUUAUUGUCUGUAGGGUGAAACCUGCUGACAACGAAAUGGAAUGGAAUCCAAAGGUUACCAGGUACAUUCAUCAUAAAAUUGUUGGAAAAUUGCAUGAUGCAAAGGUGAUCCUGGCUUUGGGAAAUACAAUUUGGAUUGAUCCAAUGGUGCACAUUAUAAACCUUUCCAAUUUGAAAACGUCUGUCAUUGAUUAUAAUGUUCGAGCUGAAAUUCUGUCCAUGGGAAUGGGCAUCGAUAAUCCAGAACAUGCAGAAGAACUAAAAAAAUUACAUGAAGGCGCUAAGAUGCCGGCUUUUGAAGAAAGCCCGAGCCAGACCUUGCUGACGGUGACAGGAACCAGGCCUGCUCAAGACCAGGAUUGUCCGUCCGAGGAGCAGGAGGGGCAUGGGACACCUCCUCCAGCAGAAGACACUGCUCGCCUGCAGAGCCUCCAGACCGAGGACCCGGGUGCAGAAGGAGGGGCUGAGUCCAAGACGAACUCAGAAAACCAGAAGGCUGGUAGGUAUUUGCUAUUCAAAAGAUGGUUAAGUUCAAAUCGUUAAUGUCUGGAAAUUUUCUAAUGUUUAGACUUUCCACUUUGAGAUGAAAUG